UGUUUGGGGUAUCAUCGGCAAGCGAAGAAAAUUUCCGUAUGGACGUAUCUGUGUAAAACUGCAGUUGCAUUUACCUGCCUAAUUAUCUGUGUCAACUGAGCUUUCUGAACGAAAUGGGUGUUCAUGCUCGAUGCUAGCUGAAAGGAACGCUGAGCCCGCUCAAGCAUUGUGCGGCAGUUUACAGAUUCGAAAGGCCGCGGCACACAUCCACAAGUACAAACGAUGAAACCCUGCGGCGAGUAACAAGUUUGCAGCCAUGCCGUAUUGGAUAGGUCCUAGAAAUCAAGCAGUUCUUCAAAUCAGCUGAUUGCUGCCUCUUCCGGACUUGCCAGCUCAACUGUACUGAAAGGUUGUAUGGCUGCGCAGAAUGGCCGAGACCGUCAAGGUGCUGGUACGAUGUCGGCCGAUGAACUCUCGAGAGAAGGGACUCAACUGCGAGGUGGUGGUGUUCAUGGACCCGAGCGUCAUGCAGGUCAGCAUCUCCAACCCGGCCGACAAGAACACGCCGCCCAAGGAGUUCACAUUCGACGGCGUGUACUACUUGGACUCCAUUACGGAGAACAUCUACAAGGAUAUGGCGUACCCGCUGGUGGAGGGCUCGCUGGAGGGCUACAACGGCACCAUAUUCGCCUACGGCCAGACCGGCUGUGGCAAGUCCUUCACUAUGCAGGGCAUUCCAGAUCCGCCCACACAGGUGGGCCUGAUUCCGAGGGCCUUCGAGCAUAUAUUCGACGUCACCGCCACCGCCGAGGAUACCAAGUACCUGGUGCACGGAUCCUACCUGGAGAUCUACAAUGAGGAGAUUCGAGACUUGUUGGGUGCAGACAGCAAGAAAAAGCUCGAUCUGAAGGAACACCCUGAGAAGGGCGUGUACGUGCAGGACCUAACCAAGCACCCGGUGGCCAACACGAGGGAGUGCGAGAAACUCAUGGAGAAGGGAUGGAAGAACCGGUCUACGGGUGCCACCCUGAUGAACAAGGACUCGUCCCGGUCGCACUCCAUCUUCACCAUCUUCAUCGAGAUGAUCACACCCUCCAAGAAGCCGGGCGCGAAGGACAACAUCAGGGCGGGCAAGCUCAACCUGGUGGAUUUGGCCGGCUCCGAGCGACAGGGAAAGACCGGCGCCACCGGGGAGCGCCUGAAAGAGGCCACCAAGAUCAACCUGUCGCUGUCAGCGCUGGGUAACGUCAUCUCAGCCCUGGUGGACGGCAAGAGCAAACACAUCCCGUAUCGAGACUCCAAACUCACCCGACUGCUGCAGGACUCGCUCGGAGGCAACACCAAGACCAUGAUGGUGGCCUGUCUCUCGCCGGCCGACAACAACUACGACGAGACACUGAGCACGCUGCGCUACGCUAACAGAGCCAAGCAGAUCAAGAACAAGCCCAAGAUCAACGAGGACCCCAAGGACACCCUGCUCAGGGAGUACGCCGCCGAGAUCAAGAAGCUGAAGGAGCAGCUGGAGACGGCGGGCGGGCCGGCGCAAGUCAAAGUCCAAAAAGGACUAUCUUGGGAGCCUUUUGUUGACGAAGAGGCAAUUCAGAGAGAAAGAGAGAAAUUAAAGGGGGAGUAUGAGGCGCAGAUGAAACAGAUGAAGAAGGAUCUUGAAAAACAGAAGGCAGCUUCUGGAGGUGGACCACCCAGCAAAAAGGAGCUAGAAGCACAAGCUGCCAAAAUAAGAAAAGAGUUUGAAGAAAGAGAACGUAAAAUGCGGGAAGAGCUUGAGGCACAGAAGACAAUGAUGUCUGGUGGAGCUAUUCCCGAAAACGUCGACCCAGAGGUCUACGAAAAACUGCGGGCGCUGCAAACCCAGAUCGUGGGUGGCGAGCAAGCCAACGACAAGCAGGCCGUGAUGAAGCGCAAGAAGGCCAACGAGGAGGUGCAGCGGCGCCGCAAGGAGAUCGCCGCGGCCAUCGGACGCAGCCUCGCCGAGGACGAAGAGGACGAUGAGAUCCUGGUCAAGGCGUACGACGAUGUUCAGAAGACGCUCAACGCGCGUACAGCGCUGGCCAAGAAGAUGAAAGCCAAGUUGCGCUCUCAGGAGCAGGACCUGCGCGACAUACAGCGCGAGUUCGCCGUGGAGCGCGACGACUACCUGGAGACGAUCCGGCGCCAGGACCAGUCGCUGCGCCUGCUGCAGCAGCUGUUGGACCGCGUGCAGCCCACAAUACGCAAGGACUGCAACUACGCCGACAUCGAGGCUAUCAAGAAGCAGGCGAUCUGGGACGAGAUCGAGCAAAAGUGGAAGCUGCCCGACCUUGCUCUGGUCAAGACCAAGCUGCCGCCACCAUUGCUUGGGUUCGGCGCGCCCACCACCAGUACCAAGUACACGCCUCCCUCCGGCGUCGACUGGGCACAGGAGGAGACCCACAUAUCCAACCGGCUGGAGCGGGGCGCCGAGGAGAACAUCGCCGGGCAGUACUUCAAGCCGACCAACAACCGCCAGGCCGAGAUCAUGUUCAAGACGCAGCUGCAGGCCGAGCAGGUCGCCAAACGCAACCAAGGUUUUAUGGACCCGGCGGCGUACUGGACCAAGAGCGCGCCACCCAGUCCUACAGGAUCCAACCAUGGCUUCCAGCCCGGCGGCAUGGGCAUGGGCAUGGGAAGAGGCUUCGGGUCGGCAAAGCCGGGUCGACUGGCACCAUUCGGCGCCAAGAAGAACGUUAUGGACUCUUUGUAGCGGCGCUGCCGCCACGCCGGCCGGGGAUGCGCCGCCGCCGCCGCCUGCCGGGUAGACCGGCCCGGUGUCGCUGCCCCCUGGCGGUAGCUCUCGGGAUCCGGCGCGGCAGAGGCGGCGCCGCUGGUGACCGUUCGGUUAAACGACGCUCGGCUCUGUUGCUUUGUGACGAUGACUGUUACGCGGCUAUUUUUCCUACUGUAUGAACGUUGAAUUGGCUAGGUGUGUGCUGAGACACUAUUUUUGUGAGCUGUUGGUGGAAACGUUAUCUGAUGAUGGACGGCUACCAUUAGCGGAUUGUGAAAGCCGACCGAUUUCCUUGUUUCGGCGACCGUUGGGAGCCCAUCGCCUGUGAUGGUUGCGGUGAAAUAUCUGAGCACUCAUAACCCUCGUGACAACUGCACCGAGACAUCCUACGUCGGGGUACCCCGAUUCUCAAAUAUUGUUGUUGCUGUCACCAGGUUAGAGACCACCUUUUGUCGACGGCAAGCUUGGUUCCGUAUUUGUUGUGUUGUCUGGAAUUAUAUUUCCCGUAUUAUUUGCAUGAAGCCAUUAUUUUGUGGCUCCGUCUACCAUCUCAUUGUCAUAAUUAACGGGUGCGUGCGUAGGCAUACUUGUGGUUUAAGAAACAAUCAUGCAGGGUGUAGAGUGCAAUUUUGUUACGACCAAUUUACUCUGUACAGGGUGGUUGUAACUGGUAUUUUCUCGCUGAUUUCAUUACAAAUUAAUGGUACAAUGGCGUGUAUUUUAAGUCUAUUAGCCAUGGACCUGCCGGUGAGGGCGUUGUGAGGCCGUUUGCCAAGUUUGCAGUGCCUCGCGGCCCAGCAUAUGCCCCAGAGGCGCGCGGCCGGAGCUGGCCGCCACCCCAGGUCCUGGAGAGGAGCAGUGAGGGGCCGGCCGAGGGGCGGUUGAGACGUCCUUGGAGCGUCGCAGAGCUGUGAUGCUUAGUGCCAUGUGUUAAGUGCUUAUCAUUUUUUUCGUUUUUUAAAUCCGUUAUCUGGAGGGAGUGAUUAAAACAAUCUUCGUUCAUCCCCCUGUUCUUCACAUGAGCACAGACGUAUGCUUCCGAAUCCGAUUCCCGAAGGUGUGGAGCAGAGCAAACUUGGUUCACCCACGCGCUCCUCACAAGACCGCAAUCACAACUGAAGUUGAGUUCGGAAGAUUUCCAUGGAAAGGUAUGUAAAUGUAUUGUCACGCAUGCGCGCACGCCACCGCGCCUGUUCAUCCCCUAGCCUUGGUGCACCGGUAGAUGCCUGGCGGCUAGUCUCGUCCCCAUUGGCAGAUUGGUAGACAGAGACUGGACGCUGGGCCGCCAGCAGA